GAUCCUCGUCUCCACGAUGUUGGGUGCCCGACCAUGCGGGGUGCCCGACAGUGCGGGCUGCCCGGGGAGCUUGGGGUGCCUACUUUGGACCCCGCCAAGCUCGACAUGCUGGUGGCCCUGGCUCAGGGCAACGACGAGGGGCAGGUCUGCUAUCAGGAGCUGGUAGACCUGGUCAGUAGCAAGCGCUCGAGCAGCUUCAAGCGCGCCAUCGCCAACGGGCAGCGAGCCCUGCCCCGGGACGUCCUCCUGGAUGAGACCGGCCUGGGCUUCUACAAGCGCUUCGUCCGUUACGUGGCCUACGAGAUCCUGCCCUGCGAGAUGGAUCGGCGCUGGUACUUCUACCAGCACCGCACGUGUCCUCCCCCUGUCUUCAUGGCAGGUGUGUUUUGGAGUUGCUGGAGUUGACAAAUGUGGGGUUUGGCACAGAUCAUCGUGUUCCUCUGCUACGGGGCCCGGCUGAACAAGUGGGUACUGCAGACCUACCACCCUGAAUACAUGAAGAGCCCCCUCGUCUACCACCCCGGGCACCGGGCACGUGCCUGGCGCUUCCUCACCUACAUGUUCAUGCACGUGGGGCUGGAGCAGUUGGGGUUCAACGCCCUCCUGCAGCUGAUGAUCGGGGUGCCCUUGGAGAUGGUGCACGGCAUCCUGCGCAUCAGCUUCCUCUACCUGGCUGGGGUCCUGGCAG